GCCUAACUCUUGCGCAUACUUCAGUCAAGCGUGAAAAUGUGCUAGUGUCAGUGUAAAAUGCCGAGGAAAAGAAGAACGCCGGAGAGGAGAGAGGAAUUGGAAGAUGAUGACUUCUUGUUUGACGACAGUCAGUCCAGUUCAAGUCGCAGUGGACAAGAGCCGGUACACAGAAACGCAGCGAACGCGAGAGAACGGGCGCGUAUGCGAGUUCUUUCAAAAGCUUUUUGUCGCUUGAAGACAACCCUACCAUGGGUGCCGGCGGACACCAAGCUGUCGAAGCUGGACACGCUGCGGCUGGCGGCAUCGUAUAUAGCUCAUCUCCGAGCGCUGUUGCACGAGCCGCGCUCGCAGCAUACUCCUCAUCCGCUUAGCCUGGCGUGGCCAUUCGCUUUUCAACAUGGCGGAAUCCGAACUCCUCAAAGAUGGAGUCCGAACUCACAAAACGAGGCAAAUAGUACCCAAAAUAGACAAGCCAAUGACUACAGCCAAGACUACGAGAACGACUACGAAGAAAAAAAUUACGACGAAAGGAACUACGAGGAAAUUAAUGAAAAUCAGUGCCAAAUGCAAUACUCAUACGGAUAUAAGGAAAGUUAUUACGAAAUGAGAAACUCAUAUAACGACGGAUUAAUAAAUAACGUGUAGAAUAAAUUAAUUAUAAAUAG